AUGCGGGCCGUCUCCACCAACGUCCUCCACACCAGCACUGCCGCAACAGCAACGAUGGGCUCUGCGGCAUCCCUGGUUCCCCUCGCCACGGUCGACACUGAGGACGGUGUGGUUCAUGUGGUGCGUGGCUCGCUGCCAGGCAUGGUCAAGAUCAUCCAACGGCACCGCGUCACCUUGAUGCGCAAGUCCAAUCCUGAGUACAGGAGCGGCGUCAACGUCGGCAUUGCCUGCAGCAGAGCCCUGUUCGACAGCAACCGCUUCAUCACCGUGCGCGUCCCGCACGAGUUCUUCGUGCGUCGUCAUGCCGCUGGAAGCACCUCCACGCUCUUCACCUACCAGCACCACCAGCUCAAGAUUGCCUUUUCUGACGUGUUCCCCACGCGCCCUUCAAGGAUCUUCGACGCCAUACUUGCGGUGGCGCGCGUGCUGACGGUGGAAGAUGAGGCUGCCGACGCAGAUCCUGCAGACACGUUCCGCCGCCUGCAACAACAACAGCAACAACAGCCGCAUCCAUGCCGCGAUGUCAUACUCGGCGUUGCGCUUCACGCCGCCCUAAAAGUGGACAACGUUGCCGACACGAGGGACCUUCUUGGGGAGUACGGCACGCGCCCAGACGAGUACGCAAGCAGUGUCUUGCAGGACAUCAUUAACAACACGACCAAUGAGCAGUUCGAGCAGCUGUUUGUUGACAUCGAGACGAAGGAGCAGGAUGUGGCUGAUAUCCUUGCGCGGUGCGCGAAAGCUGCGUUCCACUGUGAAGUGCAACUUGCGCUGCACAAGGAGGCGGGAGACGACGACAUCCUGGUCGUAAGCCACUGGCCCGUGUGCCCAAGCUGCACGCACGUGUGCAGCGCACUGGGGGUCACUGCGCUCGGCCUUGAGUGAACAUCGUUGCGGGUGCACUGCGGUGAGCAGCACAGGACUACUCGCUCUGUGUUUGU